UGUUGUGUGGAGUGUCGUAUGGAAAGAUACCAACAAAUCUGGAUAAUACUUUCCCAUAAAAUAAUACAUUUAAACAAAUUUCAUAUGUGAUAUACAAGCGCUUUCUGACUGUCUGUCAUACAAUUAUACUGUCCCUCAUCUAUCAGUUGGACAACUGUUUGGGUGUUUGUUUCAAUCUAUUGGUUCCUUUCAUUACAUUUAAUCAACAAUUGUGUCCAUCACUUGCUAAACAGUGAGGAUGUCAUUUGUGAACAUGCAAUCAGCUGUAUCACCCUUUUUGACUACUGUUGUCCAAACGUGUCGCUAUUAUUAUCACGACGUGUGGCAAAUCAAUGGUGACCCCCGAGUGGCCAAAUAUGCAUUUUUCGAGGGCGGCCCGUGGUCUACGCUGGCCAUGAUUAGUGCGUAUCUAUAUUUCAUUAAAGUUAUUGGACCCGAGUUUAUGGCUCAGAGAAAACCAUUUGAUCUGAAGAAGACUAUACUGGCAUAUAAUAUAUCAAUGGUUAUACUCUCCGCCUGGAUGUUCAUUGAAGGUUUUUUCCUAUUGAACUACGGAUUGGACACUUGGGGCUGUCAAGUGGUUAACUCAGCGCAAACUGACGCCCGAGAGAUGAGGAAACUGUUGUUGGGAUGGCUUUUCUUUAUCACUAAAUUCAUUGAGUUCGCCGACACUGUAUUCUUCAUACUCCGCAAAAAGACAUCACAGGUGUCGACAUUGCAUGUCAUACAUCACGCUUUGGUACCAUUACUGGUAUGGAUCGGUUUUAAGUUUGUGCCCGGGGGUAGCAACGCUUUUUUCCCAUUAAUAAACUCAUUGGUCCACACAAUUAUGUACUCCUAUUACGGUCUGUCAGUGUUGGGCCCAAGGAUUCAACCCUAUCUUUGGUGGAAAAAAUAUUUGACGCGCUUUCAGAUGAUUCAAUUUGUAUUAAUUAUAUUAAACUCAUUGCGCCUCCUAUUCCUACCCCAGUGCCAGUUCCCCAAAGCCUUUAUUUAUUUAACAGUAUUUAACGGUUUCCUAUUUUUAGUAUUAUUUGGCGGCUUUUACCGUCAGGCAUAUAAAGGAAGGCAUAAUAGCACUGUUAGAAAUAAAAGUGAUUAACCACUGGUUUUAUAAUAAUUUUAUUUAUAUUGAUAUAUUUUUUAUA